AUGAACAGAAGAACAACGUUGCUUGUUCGAACCCUCCUGUUCCUCUUCCUCCUCAACUCUUUCUCUCUCUUCAUCUACUUCACCCACUACCACUCUUCAAAACCCUCUUCAUCAUCAUCAUCAUCGUCGUCAUCAUCUUCUUCCUUGAAAGUCAACACCUCUCUCACACCCUUUUCCCACCAAACGCACUAUUCAAAGCCAUGGCCUAUUCUCCCCUCUUACCUCCCCUGGUUGGGGAACCCCACUGCGCCUCUCCGCUCCUGCGAGGCUUACUUCGGGAACGGCUUCACGGGCCGCCGAGACCUACUCCACCCCCGAGCCGGCGCCGGGUGGUUCCGGUGCUGGCGCAGUGACACUCUCCAGAGCUCCGUGUGUGAGGGGGGCCGACUGCGCAUGGUGCCGGAGAGGAUCACGAUGGCGGCUGGCGGGGAGAGUUUGACCGCGGUGAUUGGGAGGAGGGAGGAGGAGGAGCUGCCGGCGUUUCAAAACGGUGCUUUUGAGGUUGAUGGGGGUGGAUUCGUUGACCGGGAGUUUCUGGUGGACCGAGAGUUUUUGGAUCGGUUUGUACCGAGGGGAGAGGUCACGAGGCACACCAUGAGGGACUUGAUCGGCAAGAUUAGGAUCGUGGGAGGGAAGGAUUUUGAAUGUGAUGAGUGGAUUGAGGAGCCAACACUUCUGGUGACACGUUUUGAGUAUGCUAAUCUUUUUCACACUGUUACAGACUGGUACAGUGCUUAUGUUUCUUCUAGAGUCGUUGGUCUACCUAAUCGACCUCAUUUGAUCUUUGUUGAUGGCCACUGUAUGGCUCCUCUUGAAGAGACAUGGAAGGCCUUAUUCUCAAGCCUCAAAUAUGCCAAAAACUUCAGUGGUUCAGUUUGUUUUCGUCAUGCUAUUCUCUCACCUUUGGGAUAUGAGACAGCAUUGUUUAAAGGACUAACAGAAGAUAUUGAUUGUUAUGGAGCUCCUGCACAAGAACUGUGGCAAAACCCUGAUGACCACAAAACUGCACGCCUUUCUGAGUUUGGAGAAAUGAUCAGAGCAGCAUUCGGGUUACCUUUAAACAUACACCAUGGUGGAAAACCAUUCUUUGGACACAAUGUCCUCUUUGUUCGUCGAGAAGAUUAUUUAGCUCAUCCACGACACGGUGGUAAAGUUGAAUCACGACUAAGUAACGAGCAAGAAGUGUUUGAGUCCUUGAAGAGCUGGGUAUCCAGUUAUAAAGGGUGUAAAAUUUACCUUGUCAAUGGAUUGUUCGCUCACAUGUCAAUGAAGGAUCAGGUUCGAGCCAUUCAAGAUGCAUCAGUCAUCAUUGGUGCGCAUGGUGCCGGUCUUACUCAUAUAGUAUCUGCAUUGCCUAACACUGUGAUUCUGGAGAUCAUUAGCAGCCAAUUCAGACGCCCCCAUUUUGCAUAUAUUGCACGGUGGAAAGGGUUGGAGUAUCAUGCAAUCAACCUCCCCGGAUCACAUGCCGAUCCCGGAACCGUGAUCAAGGAGCUGGCUGACAUAAUGAAAAGCCUUGGAUGUUGA